AUGGCGCGGCUGGCUGCAGUUUGCAGAGACGGGGAAGGAUUUCCCUUCGAAAAAAGGCAGAUCCCCCUCUACAUAGAUGACACCCUUACAAUGGUGAUGGAAUUUCCCGAUAAUGUGCUAAAUCUUGAUGGACAUCAGAAUAAUGGUGCACAAUUAAAGCAGUUCAUUCAGCGACAUAGUAUGCUUAAACAGCAGGAUCUAAAUAUUGCCAUGAUGGUGACAUCGCGUGAAGUCUUGAGUGCGCUUUCUCAGCUUGUCCCAUGUGUUGGCUGUCGUCGUAGUGUGGAACGUCUGUUUUCCCAGCUCGUUGAGUCUGGAAAUCCAGCACUUGAGCCCCUUACGGUAGGGCCAAAGGGAGUCCUUUCUGUAACUCGAAGCUGUAUGACUGAUGCAAAGAAGCUUUAUACUCUAUUUUAUGUGCAUGGGUCCAAAUUAAAUGAUAUGAUAGAUGCAAUUCCAAAAAGUAAGAAGAACAAGAGAUGUCAAUUGCACUCCCUAGACACGCACAAGCCAAAACCUUUGGGGGGUUGUUGGAUGGAUGUGUGGGAACUCAUGUCCCAAGAAUGCAGGGAUGAAGUCGUUUUAAUUGAUUCUAGUUGUCUUUUAGAAACAUUAGAAACAUAUCUGCGAAAACACAGGUUUUGCACUGACUGCAAAAAUAAAGUGCUUCGGGCAUACAAUAUUCUUAUUGGUGAACUAGACUGCAGCAAAGAAAAGGGAUAUUGUGCUGCACUUUAUGAGGGUUUGCGUUGUUGUCCACAUGAACGUCAUAUACAUGUAUGCUGUGAAACGGACUUCAUUGCACAUCUCUUGGGUCGAGCUGAACCAGAGUUCGCAGGAGGACGAAGGGAAAGGCAUGCUAAGACAAUAGACAUAGCCCAAGAAGAGGUUUUGACUUGCCUGGGUAUUCAUCUUUAUGAAAGACUACACCGAAUCUGGCAAAAGCUACGGGCUGAAGAACAGACAUGGCAGAUGCUUUUUUACCUUGGUGUUGAUGCUUUACGGAAGAGUUUUGAGGUGGCUGUGGAAAAAGUGCAGGGUAUUAGUCGAUUGGAACAACUCUGUGAAGAGUUUUCAGAAGAGGAAAGAGUACGAGAACUUAAACAAGAGAAGAAGCGCCAAAAACGGAAGAAUAGGCGGAAAAAUAAGUGUGUGUGUGAGAUUCCUGCUCCCUUACAGGCAACAGAAGAGAAAGAAAUAAGUCAGGAGAAGGAAAACGCAGACUUCAUGGACAAUAGUUGCAAAGCCUGUGGUAGUACAGAAGAUACUAGCAGUUGUGUAGAAGUAAUUGUUACUAAUGAAAGCACUUCAUGUACCUGUCCCAGUAGUGGCACUCUUUUGGGUUCGCCUAAAAUAAAGAAAGGUUUAUCUCCACAUUGUAAUGGUAGUGAUUGCGGCUAUUCAUCUAGCAUGGAGGGCAGUGAAACGGGAUCUCGGGAGGGUUCAGAUGUAGCCUGCACUGAAGGCAUUUGUAACCAUGACGAAAAUGGUGAUGAAUCAUGUAUCCACCGCUGUGAGGAUAAAGAGGAGGAUGGGGAUAGUUGUGUGGAAUGUUGGGCUAAUUCUGAAGAGAAUAACACAAAAGGCAAAAACAAAAAGAAGAAAAAGAAAAGCAAAACUUCGAAGUGUGAGAACGAGCAUAAGCGUGGAAGUUGUAUUGCGGACCCGAGUAGCCGGGAGACCUCAGGAAAUACCGUGUGCAGAGAGUUUCCCCUUGACAAGCCCAAAGACCCCCAGGCUGAAAACUGCUGCAGUUCAGAAAAAAACGGGCAGCAGCUGCCUUGGUUUGACCCCAGGAAAAAGGUGUCACGAUUUGCAGAAACUCCAGAACCCUCGCUUGCUCCUGAUGUGGGAAAGGGCGCCAAGAGCUUAGUGGAACUCCUUGAUGAAUCUGAAUGCACUUCUGAUGAGGAAAUCUUUAUCUCACAAGACGAAAUACAGUCAUUUAUGGCAAACAACAAGUCUUUUUACAGCAAUAGAGAACAGUACCGACAGCAUCUGAAGGAGAAAUUUAAUAAAUACUGCCGCUUAAAUGAUCACAAGAGGCCCAUUUGUAGUGGUUGGUUGACAACAGCUGGAGCGAACUAAAUACAAUAAAAUAGCUCUUUCAUUGAAAUCCUCAAGAUGACGACUGCGCCUUCUCUUUCGAAACCUUAAUUUAGUGACUCAUGGCAAAAUUUUAUCUUAAAAUCAAUGUGAUCCUUUUUUUUUUUUUUUCUUCUUUUUUUUUUUUUUUGGUGGGGAGAUUGGUGGAGGUGGUUUUGUUAAUUUUGAUCUUUCUUCAGGCUUGUUUCUUUAGUUGAGUAGCUGUGCAAGCCUCUCAUAAUUUAUGCCAUCUCUUUUCAUUACAUGUUUCUCUUACUGUGAGACUUACAAAAAGCAACCUAGUGGCAAAGUAAUGUUGUACCUAUAAUUCUGUACAGAAUGACAAUGAGCUGAAUAUAAGAUUUUACAAAUAGACAUCCAUUUGCAAAAUGUUUUGGAUGUAAUAUGUUAAAGCGCAAUGUGCAAAAUUUAAAUAAAGAAUAUUUAUUAAUAUGCAUAGUAAAA